GUAGCCAGUCACGUCGUCUCUCGUCGAGUUAAGUUGAGGGUCCGCACAGCUCGUGCCUGUCGCUCCCUGGUCGCUUCUGUUUGUCGAACCUUUGGCCCACCACCGGGGGUUCCGCCGGAACGCUCGCCGACAGAGGAGUGCCAUGGCCCGCGUGGUUGUCGAAGGGAUGCCGGAGACAGCUGUCGGAGGAGACGUGAUGCUGGACCGGCGGAGGAGCAGAGCCAGGCGGAGAAAGCGAAAGGAGUUGUUCGCCGUCCAGAUGUGCUUUGCGGGGGUUCUGCUGGGGCUCGUGGUGGGGCUCCAGUCCGCGACUCAAACACCAGGAUAUCAUGUUUCCAGCUCCAUGGUUAAAGAGGAGGCAAGGUGGGAGAGUCGACAUCUUCUACAAGACGGCUAUGAAAAUGAGUCCAAGCUCUACUCUGAUCCUGACGCUAAAAACUGCACUGAACCAGCAAUCCACGAGUUCCCCAGGGAUUACUUCACCAACCAGCAGCGUGUUGAUGGAGCAGUGGGCCUACAUGUUGUCUGUGCAGUCUACAUGUUCUAACGCCCUGGCUUUGGUGUGUGACGACUACUUUGUACCCUCACUAGAGAAGAUAUGCGAGCGUCUUCACCUGAGUGAGGAUGUUGCCGGUGCAACCUUCAUGGCAGCAGGCAGUUCAGCUCCUGAACUGUUCACAUCGGUCAUUGGAGUGUUUAUCACUAAAGGCGAUGUUGGCGUUGGCACCAUUGUGGGGUCGGCCGUCUUCAACAUCCUCUGCAUUAUUGGCGUGUGUGGGAUAUUCACUGUUCAGGCAAUACGGCUGUCCCGUUGGCCUCUUCUCAGAGACUCUGCCUACUACACCAUGUCUAUCUCUGCUCUGAUAGUGUUCAUAUAUGAUGAAAAGGUGGUUUGGUGGGAAGCUCUCACACUGAUUACGAUGUAUUUCGUCUACAUUUUCAUCAUGAAGAUGAACUCCCACAUUGUUCGUUUUCUGGAGAGACAGAAGAAAACCUCAUCCAGUUUGAGGAAUGGGGCUGCUAAUAACGCAGAACUUGACGACGGCUGUGAUGCUACUGCUGUUUUGCUUAAGAAAGCGAACCACCACAGGAAGCCCUCCGUACUGAUGGUGGAUGAGCUGCUGUCAGCGUACCCCCAUCAGUUGUCCUUCUCUGAGGCCGGCAUGAGGAUUAUGAUCACCAGCCACUUCUCCCCCAGAACGCGACUCACCAUGGCUUCGCGGAUGCUCAUCACUGAGCGGCAGCGUCUGAUCAACACACGGACUUUGACCAACGGUGAUUCUGAUGUUACGGUGAAAGGGGGAAGUAGGCGGGGUAUAGAAAACGGGCUGUCUGGAGCUGACAGGAGAGUCAGCAUUCGCCGUGACGACAGAGAGAUGGGCAAUGAGACCGAAAAUGAGGACAAUGAGAAUAAUGAGAACGAUGAAGAGGAAGAGGAAGAGGAUGGAGAAGGCCCAUUUGUGCCAUUUCAGUGCCCAGCCGGGGGGUUUAAGAAGAUAAAGUGGCUGUUGGCCUGGCCAUUGUGUCUGCUCAUGUACUUCACAAUCCCCAACUGCUCCAAACCUCGCUGGGAGAACUGUUUCAUGCUGUCUUUCAUCUCCUCCACCCUUUGGAUCGCCGCCUUCUCCUACAUUAUGGUCUGGAUGGUCACAGUGAUCGGCUUCACACUCGGGAUCCCAGAUGUCAUUAUGGGCAUCACCUUCCUUGCAGCAGGCACCAGUGUCCCUGACUGCAUGGCAAGCCUCAUUGUGGCGCGGCAAGGAAUGGGAGACAUGGCCGUGUCAAACUCUAUCGGCAGUAAUGUGUUUGACAUCUUAGUGGGGCUUGGACUUCCCUGGGCGCUGAACACACUGGCUAUCAACUACGGCACUGCGAUUAAACUAAACAGUAAAGGACUGAUCUUCUCUGUGGGCCUCCUGCUGGCGUCCGUGUUUCUGACAGUUUUGGGAGUCCAUCUUAACAAGUGGACACUGGACAAGCGCCUGGGCCUGAUGUGUCUCCUCCUCUACUCCAUCUUCCUGUGUUUCUCCUGCCUCAUUGAGUACAACAUCUUCACCUUUGUCAACCUUCCAACUUGUCGGGAUGACUGAGUAAUUACACACAGUGGUGAGAUGAGGUCUUUGGUCUGGUUUUUGUUGGAUAUUUUGUUCGGUGCCCAUCUUUACACUCAGUGCAAUGUGGAGUUGCUCUGGAGCAUCGCUCUUCUUACCACGUGGCCAGUGUCUAGGAAUGAUAUCAGAAACAAUGAUGGAAAUGGCAAAUAAUCCUGAUCAACACUAUCAAUAAGUGACUCUUUUCACUCCCUCACACGGAACAGCUAACCUCCCUCAACCACUGCUUACUUCUUCAACAAGUACCUUUAUUUUGAAACUCUCCUUUUACAGUUUGGCCGAUGUGAAUUUUGAAAUUGUAAUGUUUACUAGCUGCUAAGCUGUUAUGAGAGGAAAGGCCGGUCUUUUCCAUUUGUGAGCUGAGAGUAAUAAUGAUGAAAGCAAUGAUGUACAUAGAUAUGAGGAGCUUGCAAAAGGUGACGAUUCAUCAAGUGAUUAUUGUUCAGGAAACAUUUGAGGCCACGAGUUGAAUUCGUCAGACAAAGAACCAAAUCAGUUUUGCAGAUGAGAUCUUUUUUUUUUUUUUUUAGUUUAAUACUGCCAUCAUGUUUACGUAACUGAGCGAAUCACAUUUAGGAGUAACAGGUUAAAUAACAUUGUCGCUGCUUCAAAACUUUUUCAAACAUUUUUGUCUUAAUCUGAAGGUUUGAUAAAGUUCAUAAAUAUUCCACCUGAACCUGGGCAUUAUCUAGACAGAUUUUAAAAAUCCACACUUGCUUCCACAUCAUCACAACUUUUCUUUUUGAUUUUUUUUCAAAAACAAAUUAGCUUUAUUGAGAAUUAAUUUCUUGUGUACAUAGUAUAGAUCUGUAAAUACGCACAUAUGUCCUAUUGAAUAUUUAUUCACAUCAUAUUCGCACAUUAGCUGAUAAAACACCAGGCAGGUUCAUAAACCCAAAGGUGUGUUGUUGGUGUUUUUGUCCGAAUCUGCACCUUAGUGGGAGAACCAUCUUUUCAGAUGUACAAACAAGCACAAUUAUCCUCACAAGGUGUUUGUGUGAUAGACUUUAUUCACGGCUUGAUUCAGCACUUAUGCGUGCAGUUAAAAGUUGCUUCAGACCUGCACUGAGGAGCGUAAAUGAGGAUCGAAGCUUUUCUACAAAAUGUUGCUGAUUAUGAGGAUGAUAUUCUUGUAAAAUGAAGCAGGUUUGUAUGAAAUGAGUGCAUUUAACUGUUUCAAAGAGCAAAUAAUGGAUGUUAAUGAUGAGAUUUAGCAGGGCACCACUGAGAACCCCUGUGUUGCCCCCUAGGGGGCAGCAAUGCACUACUGUUUUCUCCCCCCCAGUGACACACUCAAACAGCAGCGGUAUUAACCAACAGGUGGUCGAGGUUUUUCCUCUUUGGCAACUGGACAUUCAUUGGCCUGCCUCUGAGGUUCCCAAGAGGAGGAUGAUGUUUAAUCUCAAAUUUAGAACUGCACCCCGAGUGAUAGGCUUGUUGCUGCGUCAGGACCUUUUUCCCAUCUGUUGAUUUUUGUGUUGGGGUUGGAAGUAUAUUUUUGCUCCUUGUAUUUUGUUAUACAUUAUAUUUAUGAUCCUCCAGAUUUGUGGUUAGAUAAAUAUUCCUGCUAGGUUUCAGAGCAUGUACAGUGUGGUUUGUGAACCCUGCUGGAUUUUUGUUCCAUAAGGACUUAAAGCAUGCCAGCAUCUGUCAGUUUCUUUCCUCAAGACUCCAACAAGAAGGUCUCUCACACAUAAUACCUUCAUUUUUUUAAGUGCCCUAUUUAUUUUUGCUCACUGAUGGAUGAUGAAAUAAGAUGAAAUCUGUUUUUUGUUUUUUUUUUCCUGGUACAUUGUUAAUUUAUUGACCAAUAUUAUAAAAUUUCAAGCAUUGUAAAUAAUUGUCUUUUGAAUGUACAAACUGUACUUGUUGCUUUUGGUUUGAUAGAUUAUAGAUAUUUAUUUCAGAGAGUCAGACUGACAUCUCCGGAAAACAGGGUUUAAAUGUUUUUGGAUUUUAUGUAAUGCAAUAAUAAUAUAAGCUUAUGGUUGUGUAAAUAUGCCACUUUGUUGAUCAAAGACAAAUUUCUAAGUGUUUAAAAAACUGUACAUUAGGUUUCAGUAUGCAACACUGUUACAGCUUCAUGGAAUUUUUCAAAUUUCAAAAAAUUUUUCAUUACCCAAACAAUAAAAUCAGUACUGUUUAACACCAAGCCCCAAACCAGUCAACACCAUGGCCAUACCAAAAAUUAGUUCCUACAUUCUGCUAUUUUUACUCUAUCAUGGCUGUCCAAAUUCAAAAUGUAAUGUUUAUACAUCAUACUAUACCCUAAAAAAUGUGUUUUAGUGGUGUUAGGUGAAUGCCUAAUGCUCAGUGACCACUUUUACAAAAUAAAAAGCAAAUAAAUCAUUAAAAUUCAAAGGUUUUGUAAUAAUGACAAACAUUUUACUUUUAUGAUUAUGAACAGUGUUCUACCUUACCCAUUCAGCAUGAGCUGAACACGAUGGCAAGUUAAUUGUAUAAAUCUAUUUAAUAAUAUAUAUUCUGGUGACCAUAAACUAUCCCAAAAUGGGCUGCAUUUAGAUUCUGAUGUGAAUCUUUAUGUAUACUUAUUAUUGCAUUUUUGGCUCAAACUCAUCUCUACUGGCACUGCUUAUUUUUGGUGGGGUACAUGAUUAAUCACUACUAAAAGGCAUCAGUCUUUAAUGUCCAUUAUUAUCUAUACAGCCAAAGGUAUUUUGUUUUUUUUGUUUUUUAUAGCAGUUAUAUUUUUAAAUAAAAAUCUAUGUUGUGCACUUUACCAUAUACAAGUUGAUGUUAUAAAUAGUUUGAUUGAAUACAUCCUGUGCUGCUAUUCACUACAGGUAUCUCUGACACUUAAAAAUAAGGGUACCUUAUAUUUAAAUCCAACAAACUACCACAGAGAUGCUUACAUUUUCGAAAGAUGUGUCUUGUAGAGAAGAUUUCUAAAUAAUUUGUGAUAUUCACAUGGGUGAUGUUGAUAUACAUAUGUAUAUAAAUAAGUGUAAAUGUAUUUAUAUAUUUUUGUCUCUGUAUAUCUGUUGAAUAUAUUUUCAUAGAUCAUAGGAUUUCCUUGUACUCUGUUUUGCUUUGAUGUGUUUUAAACUUCUGAAGCUGUUGUCCUUUGUUUACUGGCAUGGAAACAUUUCAAUAUUCUAAAUUAUUUAUGAAACCUCCUAACGUACUUUGGGAUGAGAUUGUAUUGAUUUAUCUUUUUUUAGAUGGCACUGGAUCUAGUUUGACGUGUUCAUCCUAGAAGACUGCAUGCUGUUGCUAUUGUAGGCUAUGAGAUGGAAAAUGAAGGUGUUUGCCGAUGAUACAUUUCUCUACGUAUCAGCGCUUUACCUCUUUCUGAACAAGAAACUUUCAAACCAAAUGGUUUGCUUUGUGUUUAGAUGUUUCAAAUGUAAUUUUAGAGAUAAUUUUGCUACCUGAGCAUUAAUAAAGUUGUCUUUGCUUAAGGU